UACUUCGGCCUUGCUAUCCUGCAGCAGCCUGGAGCUCAGAGCCGUGUCUGACCUUCCAGUCAUGAGCAGGACCUGCGCAGCCCUCCUCUUGUUCACGGGCGUAGCUGCUUCUCUCGGCUUCAACUUGGACACGCAGCAGAGGACAAGCUUCCGUGGGGACAGCCCUGGGUUUGGACACAGUGUGGUCCAGUAUGCCAGCUCCAGGGUGGUGGUUGGAGCCCCCAAAGAGAUCACGGCUGCCAACCAGACAGGUGGCCUCUACCAGUGUGAUUACAGCACGGGCAGGUGUGAGCCUGUCCCUGUGCAGGUCCCCCCGGAGGCCGUGAACAUGUCCCUGGGCCUGUCCCUGGCAGCUGCCACCAACCCCGCCCGGCUGCUGGCCUGUGGCCCAACUAUGCAGCAAGCGUGCAGACAGAACAUGUACUUGAUGGGGUUGUGCUUCCUGCUGGUCUCCCCUGCCCAGGAGAGAAAAAGGCUUCCAGAUGCCCCACAGGGUGAGUGUCUGGACCACCAGCUCCUUUGGGGAACCCACGUGUUCAGCUGGGGGUAUGAUGGGGUCAGAGACUUUUACCGGAACAGAUAA